AUGACACACAGGGAAUCCAAGUUGUUGGAUAAUGAUGUUGUCCUGGCAGGGAUUUUUCUGGAUCCAAGAUUCAAAGUAGUUCUAAAUAUUGAUGAAAUGGAGAGAGCAAAAAGUCAUUUGAAGCAGCUGUGGGCUAGGUUAUUGUCUUUGAAAAAGAUUGCAUCUGAAGAUACAGAAAAUGAAGAUCCUGAUGCUCAGACAAUGAUGGAUCGUAAAACAAGGAUCCUGAAGAAGGCUCUAAGCGAUGGAGAUAAAACCACAAUGAGAUAUUUACAGAUCCCAAAAUAUGAAAGUACGAAGGGUCUUGAUACAAAUGAAAUUGAAAACUUGCUCAAAACAAUCGUUAAAACUUUGAAUGUUGACUCAACCAGAAAUUCUGCUGAGCCAAAGAAAGUCAUACCAAGAUUGAAACAGGCCCAAUAUGGAGAGAUAUUAACAACUGCUGAAGUUAUCGAACGACUCAAAGAAGCAGAACGUCAGAAAGAAGAAAAAGCCUCUCGACAAUGUAAAUUCCGCUCGAAGAAGAUCUCCAAUGAAAAACAGAAAGGAAAACGCAAACAAGAUAUUGGAAGCGAAGAAGAGCACGAAGUUGUUCCUUACGAUGAAAACUCGGAUGGAGAGAUCAAUGCGGAUGAAUGGGCAGAAGAAGUGGUAGCUGAAAACUAUCCAGAGGUAGAAUAUGAACUGCCAGAGUGGCCCUCGAUUCAGCCUGGAAUGUACCUACUGGUAAAAUCUCUUGGGGGAUCCAGGAAUAGCAUAACCUAUAAAUAUGUCUGUCGCGUGCGUGAUGUAGAUGAAGAAACUGGAGACAUUGAAGUUGUCGGAUUCAGACGCAAUGAUAGAUUUGGAGCUGAAUAUGUCGAGAAAGAAAAUGAUAUUUCUUCAAUUGACUUCGGAAUGAUCGAGGCCGUGCCACCUGAUCCGGAAACUUCAUACAGAGAUAGAAAAGUGAUUCACAUUUUUCCUGGAUCUGUGAGUGUUUUUGAAAAAUAA